AUGCUUUCAAAUUUUGCGUUGGAGCAACAAUUACAUACUGCCAGGCAAGAACUAAGCCAUUCUCUAUACCAGCCUGAUUGCUUCUGGUUUGUGCCUCAUUCAGUAUCUUCUGAGGGCUACACAUCUGCAGCUUUUCAUCCUGAUGGCCUUAUCCUUGGAACGGGUACCUCUGGUUCUCUUGUUAAGAUUUGGGAUGUCAAAAGUCAGCAAAAUGUUGCUGGAUUUGACGGGCAUGUUGGGGCAGUUACUGCCAUUUCAUUCUCGGAGAAUGUUGAAUUUGACCAUAGUGGAAGUUAUCUUGCCCUAGGAGGAGGGUCUGAUAUAAGAGUAUAUGAAGUUGCCAACGUCAAAUCUGAAUGGAACUGCAUUAAGACAUUCCCUGACUUGUCUGGCACAGGUAAAGCAACUUGUGUCAUAUUUGGUCCUGACGCAAAAUACAUAGCUAUUGGAUCCAUGGAUAGAAACCUCAGAUCAUUUGGGCUGCCUGAGGGGGAUGGUGACCCAUUAGAAUCUUGA